AUGUAUUUAAAAACUAUAUCGGUGCUCUAUUUAAAGACUAUAUCGCUAUUUUUAAGCGAUAUUAUCCAUGGCGAGGCGAUUUCGGAAGACUGUAAGUAUACUGUAAUUUUGCAAAAAAAAUGACAAAAAUUGUCAUCCAUUUGUCACAAAUAAGAUUGAUUUACAGUUUUCAAGACCGGGAAUGAGUUAUAUUGCGAUGAUGACGACGAGGAGCACAAUUAUUUGAACCUUUCCCAAAGAUCCAAUUGGAAGCCAAAUUUUCAAAUUGAUUGGGCUAUUAUGUGCUAUGGAGCGACUGGCCGGGACAAAGAGCUCCCACUUGAGGCUCUAAAGAGUAUUUACUCCCAAUCGGCGAAGAAUCUGCGCAAGGCGGCGCCCAAGUUGAAUGAGGUCGAGUUUUGGCAUUCGCAGACCUUCGAUGCCACAAAUUCAACGGAAGAAGAGGUGAGGAAGUCGAUGUUUAGACAAAUACUAACUUAGUAGAGCUUAUAUUUAUUUUCUAACGCAUUUAAGUUCAAUUUGAAUUAAUGCACAGUGCGAAAUCAAAGAAAAUUUGUUGCACAGUGCAAAAUUCACAUAAGUUAAAAUUUCUUUUUGAAAUACAGUAACCUAGAAAUUUAAAACACGCCAAGAUUAUCUUUAUGUCUUCUAAAAUACACAUGGCCAUUCAAUUUUGCCAAAAUUUUUCAAUGCACUGUGCGAUAACAAAUUGUUUGUUUGUUGCACAGUGCAGCGUUAAAAAAAGUGACGUUGCACGGUGCAUCUUUGAAAUUCUUUGAUGACUGUUUAUGUAGUGAUCAAAGAUCAGUCUCAAGAGUAGAAUAAACCUAUAGCUGCAUUGAAAGACUCUUUCCGCACUGUGCGAAAAAGCAAUUUAUUUUCGCCGCACAGUGACGCCACAAAUUCACCUUUGACGCCACAAAUUCAACUGAAGAAGGUAUUUUAUGUCAGUAGUAAGUGGAUAAGGUCUGAAUUAAAUUUUAAACAUUUUUAAAAUCAAUUUGAGUCGUCGCACAGUGCGAAAUCGAGGAAAAAGUCAUUGCACAGUGCAAAAUUAAAAGAAAUCAAAAUUUCUUGCACAGUACGGUGUAAAAUACGUUUUCUUUUGGGAAAAAUAAUCUUUACAGUGUCUAAAAUAUUCCUCGCUAUCAGAUUUUGCGACAACUUUUACCUAUGUGGUACUGUAAGCAAUUCGGUUUUCCUUGCACCGUGCAAUUUUCAGAAAAAUUGAAAUUUCGCUCGCAGCUGAAAUUUUUUUGAUGUCUGCUUUUAUGACAUGUUAAUAAUCAUUUUUAAGCGUACUAUAGACUACUUUUAUUUUGAAAAUGCUUCUUGCGCACUGUGCAAAAAACAAAGUUCGAAUUUUUGCACGGUGCAAACAAAAUUUGAGACAAAACUGCACUGUGCGGACAUUUUUUUGAGUUUUAAAAUUUCGAAAUGACAAAAAAGUUUUUAAAAUACGAAUUAAUGAAUAAAGUCACAAUUUUUUCAGAUAAUUCACCUUUUCCGGAGCCAAUUUCUCCGCUCCACGGCCGAAGCUGAAUUGAUCGCAAAUUCCGCGACAGCUCAACGUUUCACCGUCUCCAAAAUCGUGGCCCAAUAUUUGAUCCAAGUCAGGGAUUGUGAUCACAGCGAUUCCGCCCGCUGCAACGAUCCAAUGGGCAUUUUGAGACGUGCUUUUCGCUAUUUGAAGCCCAAGAUCUCGCAUUUUGAGGCGUUCUUGCAGCGAAAGUUGAGUGGAAAUGUGGAAUUCGACUUUUUCGCAACUUAUCUGGCCACAGUCCGCAAUCACCGCGUCUUCUCCGGACUGAUGGGCUCGAGUUUCGCACAAGGCGAGGAGAGUUUCGCGCAAUUUGAGCUGUUGCGACGGAUUUUUUCCGACGAUGACAAAAAACUACGGUGA